AUGGCGUUCAGUACUUCAAAUAAUUCAGCUUUUCAUGUGAAAGCAUACUUUCUAAUAAUUGCUCUAUUCGAAGAAGAAGACCAUUUUUUAUUUUCAUGUGGAAGCAUGCUUUCCAAUAAUUGCUCAUUGGAUAAUGUUGAAGGAGGAUUAGAUGAGGAAGUCUGGAUGGAGAUCCGUGCAAGACUGCCAGUGAAGUCUCUGCUUCGAUUCAGCUUUGAGCCAUAUAGAAAAAUUGUAAAACUUCCUCCAUCAUUGACUCCAGUUACUAGUAAUGUUCCUAAGCUACCUUCUAUAGUUGGAACUGCUGUUGGAUUUGGGUUUGAUCAGAGAAGUAAUGACUACAAAGUUGUGAAAAUUGGGUACCUUGUUGAUUACAAGAGUGGAUUGGAUGUUCCGUGGACGGUGGAGAUUUACUUCCUUAACACUCAUUCUUGGAGGAGAUACAAUUGUGUUGCUGAUUUUUGUAGUGAAACUUUUUGUUUCGGUACAUUCUCUGCGUUUGCGAAUGGGGCAGUUCAUUGGAUUGCGUUUGUUAGUGGUUUAUGGAUUUUGAGAUUUGAUAUGGUUGGUGAGGUGUUUAGGGAGAUGACAUUGCGGAACCAUCUAGUUAAAUUAAGAGAUUCUACAACCAUGUAUGUUAUGGUAUUGGGUGAGUCGCUUGCUGUUGUACAACGUGACUAUUAUUCAAGUUCCCAGACUUUUCAAAUAUGGGUAAUGGAGGAAUAUGGUGUCAAGGAGUCGUGGACUAAUUGA